CGAAGACUGAACGGGCUGAGCAACUGUAGCAAUCCUCUUUAGUGACAGUAAUAACAACUUAGAGCACGAUGACCGAAAACGACGUCGAAAACGAGCUCUUAGACUAUGAAGAGGAUGAGGUGGACACAGCGGGUGGAGUGGGAGAUGGAGGGCUUGGAGGCGGUGGAGAUGUCAUGUCCAUUAGAAAGGAAGGGGUGAAAGGCUCCUACGUGUCCAUCCACUCGUCAGGAUUCCGGGACUUUCUCCUGAAACCUGAGCUCCUGAGGGCUAUUGUGGACUGUGGCUUUGAGCAUCCAUCUGAGGUUCAGCAUGAAUGUAUUCCCCAGGCCAUCCUGGGCAUGGAUGUGUUGUGUCAGGCUAAGUCUGGCAUGGGGAAGACAGCUGUCUUUGUGUUGGCUACACUACAGCAACUGGAGCCAGUAACUGGGCAGGUAUCCGUGUUGGUGAUGUGCCAUACUAGGGAGCUAGCAUUUCAGAUCAGCAAGGAAUAUGAACGUUUUUCCAAGUACAUGCCUACUGUCAAGGUGGCAGUGUUCUUCGGUGGUCUGUCGAUAAAGAAAGACGAGGAGGUGUUGAAGAGAGAGAGCCCCCAUGUGGUGGUCGGGACCCCGGGUCGCAUUCUGGCCCUGUCACGCAACAAAAGCCUCAACCUUCGCCACAUCAAACACUUCAUCCUAGAUGAGUGUGACAAGAUGCUGGAGCAGCUCGACAUGCGCCGGGACGUCCAAGAAAUAUUCCGCAUGACCCCUCACGAGAAACAGGUCAUGAUGUUCAGCGCCACCCUGAGCAAAGAGAUACGUCCCGUCUGCCGCAAAUUCAUGCAAGAUCCGAUGGAAAUUUUUGUGGAUGAUGAGACCAAGCUGACGUUGCAUGGGCUACAGCAGUACUAUGUGAAGUUGAAGGACAAUGAGAAAAACAGGAAGCUGUUUGACCUGCUGGACGUGCUGGAGUUCAACCAGGUGGUGAUCUUUGUGAAGUCAGUCCAACGCUGCAUUGCUCUGGCUCAGCUAUUGGUGGAGCAAAACUUUCCGGCCAUCGCUAUCCACAGAGCUAUGCCACAGGAAGAACGACUGGCUCGCUACCAGCAGUUUAAGGACUUCCAGAGACGCAUCCUUGUGGCCACUAACUUGUUUGGCAGAGGGAUGGACAUUGAGAGGGUCAACAUUGCCUUCAACUACGACAUGCCUGAGGACUCUGAUACAUACUUACACAGGGUCGCAAGAGCAGGAAGGUUCGGAACAAAAGGCCUGGCCAUCACGUUUGUGUCGGACGAGAGCGAUGCUCGAACCCUGAAUGACGUGCAGGACAGAUUUGAGGUGAACAUCAGCGAGCUUCCUGAGGAGAUCGACAUCUCGUCCUACAUUGAACAGACCCGAUAAGGCGAACACGGAGAAAAGAGGGAAAGAAGUCUUUAACUGUGGAGAAUGCAUGGAAGAUUAGUAUACAGUAGCAACUGAGAUCUUGAAUUUCACACUUAUUGUUUUCUGAUAGUAUUGGAAGUAUUCAUUUCAAUCUCUCAGAGUGCAGUGAUAUCCAGAUCCCAGACCACUGGAGACUUUCCAAGAAUAAUCCCUAGGUUGUGCAAUCACUACGAUGCUGUCCUACUGAAAGAAACAUUGAAGUUUAUUUUUAGAUUUGGUGCAAAUAUGUCAAAACAAUAAGUGUAACUGUCAAGGACUUACCGUUUUUUGAUGCCUUUUUCCAGCGACAGUUUGUUUUUGAUGUGUAACACAUGUUUUGUUGGGUUUUUGUUGUUUAAGUGGAGUCGUAGAGUAUGCUUUUUUUGCUUGGGAUUGGAGUGGGGAUAGCUCUUGUUGUUUGGAUUGUGAAUGCAACAGCACAUCGAUGUAUAAUAGUUCACUAGUUACAAACAAUAGUUGUUUUGGUAGCAGAGAUCAGUAGAACGGGAAGAGUCGAUGGAUCUGGGACAGUUGUUUGGUAGAGUUAGACACUAAAUGUGGUUUUGCGUUCAGUGCUUGUUGGAUAAUAAAUAAAAGGUAUUUGUUUGAUCUGAUCAACUGGUUUUUUGCUCCUGGGUAAGACAGACAAAGCUUUGUGUUUUUAUUCAGCAGGUAGAAGGAGUUCUGACGUCUAGUUGAACAAGAAAGGAAGG